AUGGUACAGAUUCCCAAAAGAUUCAACAGAUUCGCUGCAGUUUUUGACGUGGCGGCGGCGCGUGCACGUCCACCGUGCGAUAGCAGCAGCGGGAGCGAUCACUUUCCCGAGGAGACACUGGAUCUUUGGGAUCUGAUAGAAUCUUUUAUCGACAAAGAAGUGAAAGUUUUACCUGAUGAGGUUCCUCCUGGGGAAGAAAACGAUGAUAAGUCGGACGUAGAUGAUGAUGAUGCUUAUGAAGAUGUGAAAGAGAGGUUACGGGAGAUUUGUGAAGAUCACGGAGGCAACGGAGAGCGGCGGAGAAUAGUUGAUGAGGUAGUAAAUGCAAGUCAUGAGUUCGUUGGAGAGAAACGACACUUGAUGGCUUAUCUACGUAACAAAGGUUUUGAUGCAGGUCUUUGCAAGUCCCGGUGGGAGAGAUUUGGCAAUAACACGGGCGGAAAAUACAAGUACGUUGACGUUAAUGGAGAAGAUAACAACCGAUUCAUAGUCGAGACAAAUCUUGCUGGAGAGUUCGUGAUUGCUCGGCCUACGGCAAGAUACAUUUCUCUCUUAGCACAACUACCACGUGUCUUUGUUGGAACACCUGAAGAGCUGAAACAGCUUGUGAGAAUCAUGUGUUUUGAGAUAAGACGGUCGAUGAAGCGAGCAGGGAUUCAAGUGCCUCCGUGGAAGAGGAACGGUUAUAUGCAAGCCAAAUGGUUCGGCCACUAUAAACGAACAUCCAACGAAGUGGUGACUAAUGUUACGAGCUGUGGAUGCGGACCACGUUUUGGGUUUGAAGAAUCGGUUAAAACGGCUAGGUUUAACAGUUCUACGGAGGUGGAGUACUGGAAGAGGACUGGUUUAAAGGUUGGCCAGCUCACGGUGGCUUUCAAAGGCAGUGAGGUGGGGCUGUAA